AAAAAUAUAAAAUAGAAAAUUUAAAAAAAAAUAAAAAUAAAAUAAUAAGAAAAAUUUAACAAAACUUAAAAUGAAUAUCGACGGCACUACAAUGCAAUACGAAAAUGUUUUGUUUUAAUUAUUUUCUAUGCAACAAGCAGUAGAUAAGGAUAUGAAGCAUGCAGAAAUAUAGUAGCGGUACUUCCUGUCAACAAACGACGAUUACACGCGUUCGUGGCUCCCGUUAUCAGCGUUGACAGCUUUGAAAUGGCGUUAAGCGGCAGUACAGCGCAUAACAGCCGAUGUGGCACAACGCAACGUGAUAGCUGAGGUUUAAAUAUCGAACAUUUCUAAAGUGACCGCAAGAUGUUUUGGGAGCUGUUGCUGCUGGCAACGGUAGUUUUGUGUCUCGCAUUACACUAUCACUACGUGCACACGCGCAAUCAGACGUUUUUCAAACGCAUACCACUCGUCUCGAAUAUACCGUUCGUGGGCUGUAUGCUCGCGUUGGCACGCUUUCAGCCAGAUAAUUUACACUUGAAGUUUCAAGAGUUCGUCACGCGUUACGGCAAAAGUUUUUGCGCGUUAAUACUGCGCGAUCUAAUGGUUGUAACCGCCGAUCCACGUUACGUUGAGGUGCUACUCAGCAGUCAAAAGCAUAUACAAAAGAAUCAACUGUAUUGGUUGCUACGCGGCUGGUUGGGCGAUGGUUUGCUGCUUAGCUACGAUCGCAAAUGGCAGAUGAUGCGCAAAAUCAUCACACCGACCUUCCAUUUUAAAAUACUCGAGCAAUUUGUGGACGUUUUUGAGCGACAAAGUCGUGUUUUAGUGCAGAAAUUAGCAACACUGGCGGAUGGCGCAACAAUUGUGGACAUCUAUCCGCAUGUGGGACUGAUGACGCUAGAUGUGAUUGCGGAAACCGCUAUGGGCGUCUCGGUGCAUGCGCAGCAAGACGCCAAAUCGGAUUUCGUGCAAGCGGUGAAUGACGUCACAAAUAUUGUUGCUACACGUUUUAUACGACCCAUUUUAGCCUUCCCGCGCGUAUUUAAGUUACUCCGACCGCGGCAAUAUGAAAAGCAAAUGGCAGGCAUUGAGAUUAUGCACCACUUUACCGAGAAGAUUAUUGAAGAACGCCGCAAAGCGUUGCAAAACAAGAACAAUGCGGUCGCGGAAACUGCAUCGGAUGCACCGAACGCUGAAAUGUGGGAUAUCGGCUUGAAACCACGCAUGGCACUACUGGAUGUACUCCUACAAUCGACCACCACCGACGGCCAACCGCUUACCGACGCGCAAAUACGCGAUGAGGUUAACACCUUCAUGUUUGAGGGACAUGACACCACCACAUCAGCCAUCUCUUUCUGUCUAUAUUUGCUCUCACGUCACGCCGAUUGUCAACGUGUGCUUUUCGAAGAGAUACGCAAUCACUUCGGCACCGAUACGAGCCGACCGAUCAAGUAUGCUGAUAUACAACAACUCACUUACUUGAAUUGUGUGGUUAAAGAGACAUUGCGUCUGUAUCCACCCAUACCGGUAAUUGGACGUUGGUUAAAAGAGGAGUUGGUGUUGCCCGAUGUCACGCUGCCACCGCGCACCAAUGUACUCAUACUACUCUGGCAAAUCUUACGUGAUCCCGAUGUUUACGCCGAACCGGAACGUUUUUGGCCCGAACGUCAUUUAGAAUAUGAUGAACGCGCGAAUGUAUACAGUAAUAUACCCUUCAGCGCGGGACCACGUAAUUGCAUUGGGCAGAAAUUUGCCAUAUUUGAGAUGCGCACGGUCAUCGUACAGCUGCUGCGUCACUACGAACUCUUGCCGAUCGGUGCGCCGAUACAGCCAUCGAUAAAAAUUGUUUUACGUUCGAAAAGUGGCGUUAAUGUUGGACUCAAGUCGCGUGUUAAUGUUUAAGGGAAGUGAUUAUAGACAUGCAUAUGUUUAAAUAUGUGUUGUGCGAAGUUAUAGCAAUAAAAUUGUGAUAUUUACAGUAA